UACCUAAAUAAAGAUCUUACCUGGUUCGAUUUGUCGGAACUUUGCUGCAAUUUCGGGAACGUUUCGUAGUUUUAUUCCUGUUUUGUAGAAAGUUUCUUCUCUUUUUAGGAAACUAAAGCAAUAAGCUGUUCAAAAUGUGGAAGAUAUUUGGUGGGAAAAACAAGGAACAACCGCCGACAACGCAGGAAGCGAUUCAAAAGUUGCGGUCCACUGAAGAAAUGUUAACGAAGAAAAGUGAAUUUUUAGAAAAGAAAAUCGAUCAAGAAGUAGCAACGGCAAGGAAGAAUGCUUCAAAAAAUAAGAGAGGUGAGGCUUUUCUCCCAGUUAUACAAGUGUAAAUUCUUACACCAGCAAUCAGUGUCGAACCAUUGUAGCAAUCAAAAUGGAUCUCAGUAGUAAUCAAUAUAUUUACCGUGUGGUAUACGUAACGUUCACGAUUUGACAUGCUAAAUCUUAAAUGUUACUUAAAUGUUAUUUUCAGCUGCCUUAAUGGCUUUAAAGAGGAAAAAAAGACUUGAAAAACAACUGCAGCAAAUCGAUGGAACCUUAUCUACUAUCGAAUUUCAAAGAGAGGCUUUGGAGAAUGCGAAUACUAACACUGAAGUCCUUAAGAAUAUGUCAUAUGCUGCAAAGGCGCUGAAGUCAGCUCACCAACAGCUGUGAGUAUAUUUAAAACAAAUCUGUGAGCAUACGUUUAAACUGUACCAACUAUCUAGGCUGGCAAUUAAGUUUUUAACAGUUAGAUCAUGCAAAAUUCUUGGGAGGCGAGUUGCCAAUUUUGCACUUGAUGUAGUAACAGCGUACAUGUAAAUUACAAACACACUGUUGAUUUAAUUAGCUUUAAAAGAUACAUUGUUUACUGACGUGAUGCCUCAACCACGUGCCAGUUGGCUACAGUUUUAAUAAUGUGAAAGAGACAUAUUUUAUGUAGUUAAUCUGGAGUGCCAGCCAAACAAUCUCGCAUUUUCACCCAUCUUCAUAUUUACCAUACAGUAUAGCCUGCGAGCAAGCUCUCCUGUGGUUUCCGGGAGUGCAGGGGUGGGGGAGGGUAGACGGGAAGGAGAGCUUGCACUCUUGUCUCAUAAAUUUGAAUAUCUGUGUUCCAGAACAGGAUGCAAACUGCUGAUUGGCUGAUUUUUAAUCAGGCAAUGACGUUAUGUUCUCCUGGGAGAGCUUGCUUGCAUGCUAACUGGCCAGACAACUUCAUCAGUGUGAAACUUUCAAAAACCUUUUUUAAACCAGUCGUCAAUAAGUUGUUUGUAUGGCGCUGGUAACUGUUGGCUACGAUUGAGUGGCGUUUGUUCUAAGUUAGUAAACCAGCUUUCUAAAGUAAGACGUUGAUAGUAGUCUGUAGAAUACGUUAUACAUGUCACAGAGUCCCAGUCAAUUUGAUGUUUCGUCUUUAAAUGGUGCUCAGCAAUGUGAUUGUUAACGUCACCAUUCCUCAUCACGCGUUUGUGUUCGGUCAGUUGCGUGCUUAGGGGCGCUUUCCAUUUACGAAAAAAACCCGGAAAUUUCGGUGGUAGCAAAAGUGGAAUUUCUGAUUGGUAAAAAGUUGUUCCAUUUGGUCGUAAACCGCGGUACGUGGCGCGGUGCCCGACCGUGGACCUGGAACUGGUACAAACUACGAGAAACGUAAAUGGAACACGACAUUCCGUUCGGAAAUUCCAACCGGGAAAACGGGACCACCUUUUUAGAUUUUCCACUUUUUCUGGGAAUUUUCCAGUGGGACGAACUGACGAAACGUGUUCCAUUUACCGCCGAACCGGAAAUUCCGGAAAUUUUGACUAAAUGGAAAGCGCCCUAGGUUUCUGCCGGUUUCAGAAUUAUCCCAGAAAAUGCUUUUAAACACAAGAAAAAAAAAGGCGGGUUAAAUUUAACCCCGGGUUAAGCGCUAAUCGGCCUUCGAACAACUCGGCCCAGAUUUUUUUUCUAAUCGAUUUUGAAAGACCCUUUGUAAACCAAGGCUUACGAAGAGCUUGUUUGUUAUCCUUAACCAGUGGAAAGCAGAGGUUAUAAAGUUAAACUUAAGGUCAUGGAAAACUUGAAAAGGUCACGGAAAAAGUCAUGAAAAGUCAUGGAAUUUGAAAAGUUUAAAAGAGUACGAACUUUGUGAAACUUUUAGAAAAAUGUCUUUGCUUUCUGUAAUUACGGGUAUGCUGAAAUUAAUACCCUGUCACAUUGACUGUUUUGUGCGUCAUUUUCCAUGCGUUAAUAAAAGUAGAAACCUGUGUUUCUUGUUCUUAAAACUUGUGGCACCAAACUACAAGGUAUGGUACUUUGGUGCCAAAAGUAUCAUUUUGUGAGAACCUAAGGUAUUUUCUAGUCACUUGCACAGCAUAAAGCGUGUGCAACAGCCAGCUCCUGAGAUUAUCCUCUACCCAACACAUAAACACUGCACUAGUACAUACACCAGUAAACAGUACUUCAGGCAUGCUUCUCUCACCUGGUUUGUUUUCCCUAAUAUUUGGCCUUGUGAUUAUCAUUGUGAUAAUAUUGUGAUAUGUAUCAUGUCAUCCAUGGACUGAUCUUUUACCUUCUGAAUUACAUGGUAGCAGCACUCUUAACUCUAUGGUGAGAAACCAAUAUGUCAGACAAAGGCAGUUAAGCUAUGUAGCUGGCAUUGAAGAAUCUUUCCUCUUAAAUAUAUAGGUCACAGCCUAAUGAACCGCUUUUUUGUAUGGCAGUUGACGUCAUAAUGUAGUCUGCAUACAAGUGCCACACAACUUUGAAUAGCAGAAAGGAAAUCACUAAUUUUCCAUUGCUUAUCCAACUUGUAGACCAAAAUCUCACCUGUACUGUUUAUUAUUAUUAUUCUUUUUGUUAUUAGUACAUGUAUUCUUCUUCUUCUCUUUCGUCUUAUUUUUAUUUUACAGUUUGUGAAUAAUGGUUGUACAUGAGUAUGCUCAUGAAUGAGCAACUUUCCAUUUUGUAUUACAAUCAUUUUUUUUCACCCCAUAGUGAUGUUGAUGAUGUCCAUGAAAUGAUGGAUGACAUUCAGGAACAGACAGAGCUGGCUGAUGAAAUCUCUAGGGCUAUAUCAGAACCAGCUGGCUUUGGAAUGGAUGUUGAUGAAGUGAGUAUUCAGAAUGUUAAUGCUACUUUUCAUAAUGAAUUUGUUGCAACAUUGAUGCUUUCCUUUUUUAAUACACGAGAGAUUUUCUUACCUUAUCAGAACUGAUCAUAAACUAUAUUUGCUCACAAAUGACUCAUCAAAUCUGAUUCUUUGUUGGGGUCUACUGAUGUGUUACAAGGGUUUGUGUGCUACUUAAUUACUGGGGUAAAUUUUUGUAUGGAAUGUAGGCCACUAGAAAAUAGCCUGCACCACAGAUGGAACUCAACUCUUGUUUAUUGUGUCCACAAAACAGCGCCAAAAACCUUGGUCUGCUGUGGCGGAUCCAGGGGAGGGGCCCGGAGUGCCCACCCCCUCCCCCGCCCCCAGCUGAGGCCUGAGGGGCCGAAAAAAUUUUUUAAGACCAGCCCCUCCCCCCCUUAUCUCAGGAACUGGAUGACCACCCCCUUCCCCCCCCCUUAUCUGUAGGUCUGGAUCUGCCACUGUUCUGGGUGCCCACUUGUUUACCAGGAUUUGAGUGCGCACCGUAAUAAUUAGCCUGUUCAAAAAGCCACUGUCAAUUUGCUAAUCAGGGUGAAGAGAAAUUCAAAAUGUAUUUGUGGUAAUUCGUUGAGUCUGUUGGGGGCCCGAAGAUCUACUGGUGCUGUUUUGCAGAUGUUACUUACCAGGGUUAGAUUGUAACUUCUGCCACGUAGACUCCUAUUAGAAAAAGCUCAAGUUAGUUUUGAACUCAACAUUGUAUGGAUUCUAUGUCCAAAUAUUAUUGUCUUCUUCUUGCAUGUGUGAAACAGAGAGUGUGUGUGAGAGAGAGAGAUUCAAUCACAAUUGGAAGAAAAGUCACAUAGGACCUUAUUUCAUUUUCCUCUUCAUUUUAUCCUUCUUCUAUAUUUGCUAAGUAAAGCAUUCAUCUUUGUUUAUGUCUCAUGUAACAAACUUCUAAUGCUCCGUCAAAUUUAGGAUGAGCUUAUGAAUGAGCUUGAAGAGUUGGAACAAGAGGGACUGGAUGAACAACUGCUAGAAGUUAGCGGAACAGCUAGUCUGCCAAAUGUUCCUUCCACAGAACUACCAGCUCAACCAGGUUAGUUUCCAUUCAGGUCCAACUGAUUUCAUGUUCAUUCCUGUUUUAUGUUUAGGCUUAUUUGCCAUUGUAAAUUAUUCACAAUGAUUUAUUAUUUGUUUGUGUAAUCAAAUGGUGACGAGUGAAAUUAGGGAAUAAUUUCACACGUGUUUUGUCCAAAUCCUUAUAAUUUCUCGAGCCUUUAGGCGAGGGAAAUUAUCAGGAUUUGGACAAAACGCAAGUGAAAUUAUUCCCUAAUUUCACGAGUUUACCAUUUGAUUACCUAUUAAUAUCAUGGAUGACGAAUUACCUUAGCAAUCGAGGAUUUUUGACUUGUUUAUCCUGGAUCGUAUCGAUCAAUCAUGAACUCCACUCUCUCAAACGUUUAGAGCUGAAAUUUGGCCUAAGUUUUCGGAAUUUUUCGACAACAUACCUCUAAGAAUCCUUCUUGAUGUUCUCUUUCGUGUGUUCAGGUUUUCUAAAGUGUCUUUUUACGCCCUGACAUCUUCAUUCAUGACAUUUUAAAACUUCGUCGCCAUCUUGAAACGGGGCCUUACGGCAGGUUGCCAUGGCAAUUUAGUAAUUUCACAUGUGAAAUUACAAAUUAACGCUGAAAUUUCGCCCCAAAAUUAAGGAGUAAUUCGUCACCUAUGAUAUUAACAUAAUAAUAUAAUGGUGUUGUUUUAGAAAAUAUCCAUUCUAUAUGGAUUUUGAAGGUUUUUGGAUUAAACUCUAUCCCUGCUCCCCACUUCCUGAAAAUUACAGUUUAUCUGCAGACUUUUCUAAAUUUUAAAAUUUGGGUUUUAUGAUCCUCCUCCCCCUCAGAAAUUCCUCCUCCAUAGGAGGAAUAUGGGUAUUUUCUGGAAACACAUCAUGUAAAGAUCAAAUAUAUAUUUUACAUUACAGCUGUCUGCUGGAAACACAGUGAUGUUCUCAUGCUUGCCAUUUUAUACACUGUAUUUACUUUUAUUGGUAGUAUAAAGUCCUUUAUGUCGUGAGCCGUUAUUCAGCUUCCAGCCACAGGGCUGUCAAUAAGGGCUGGUAGCCGGCCAAAACCACUGGCUUGUUAGCCAUUGUUAGCUGGCUACUUUUAUCUCCUUCUACCAUAACUGCAGACAAAAAAUAAGCACCAUCAAAUAAAAUUUAUAAAGCAUCCAUUUCCCAGUUUUGAAUGACAUUGAACACAUAUUUAAACAAGUUUAGCUCUGUGAAACUUUCGAACCCUGCAAUGUCGUGGAAUGCCUGGGACAUUUAGACAGCAUUGUGCCCAGUCUUGCAUUUAUUCUGAUGAAAUAACGUGGCGUCCACGGUGGAAAAUACCUCUUGAAAACCCCUGGAAAUGGCAUUUUAUUUUUCUGAGACUUGAAAUUUUAAAAUGUCCGUAGAUGCCUUGGCCCUCAAUAACUUGUGCCUUUGGUGCAAGUUCUAAAGUGGCCUACUAUUCAUUAUCAGCCUGCUACUUAAAAACUUUUUGACAGCUAGCCCUCAGGCAGCCUUUUCACUCUAGGCAACAGGUCUACAUCAAAUUCUUUAUUUUGCCAUCAGACAUAUGGAAGGGAUAAUUUGUUUGCCAAGUUGUAGGCUAUCAGGCAACACUCUCUUUUUUACCUCAUUUUCAAACGUUGGACCCGCCAUUAUUUUCUUUAAGCCUCACAUGUGAGGUAUUCCCAUUACAUUGUAUUAAUUUUAUACCCAGUUUCAUAGCUGUAAAAAAAAAAAAAACAAUAACAACGUACAUGUGUUCCUCUGAUGAAAAGCCAAGCUGAAAUACAUAAAUUAAAAUUACCCUAACUUUCACACUUACCCAAAGUCUAUUAUUUUUAUUCUCUUUUUGUACUGGUUGUGUAGGUUAUGGUAGUGAUAUCAACCCUUGAGAUAUUAAUUGAUAUUGUGAUGUAUAUUCUCCUCAUUACUCUUAAAACAUAUGUCUCCUAUGGUAUAUUUCCCAUUGUCCGUAAUCAAGACCAUUUUAAAGUACAGGCCUCAGUUGUUCAAAGGCCAAGUAACACUAACCCAGGGUUAAAUUUUAUUCUGGGUUUCUUUUUCUUUUGUUCAAAAGCGUUUUCCCCAAAUAAUUUCCCCUCAUUUUUAGAUCUUAAAAUGAUCAAGUUGUAGGAAAAAAUAAUAAAACUGAAUUUGCAUUUAAAGCUCUUGUAUCUGAAUUUAAAUUUCGCACUUACCUGGGUUAUCUUAACCCAGCUUUGAACAACCCAGCUCAGAUCAUUAGAGUUGUUCUCGUGAUCUUUACCCAAGCAGUGAUUUUUCAGUGAAGACUAGAUGCAGGUCACUCUUGUGGGUUAGAGUUAAAAUAAUGUAAUGAUAAGACUAUAAAAAGUGUAUCAAGCUCUUAAGGUUCAUGUAUACCAAGUUUCUCAUAUCCGUUUCUUCUAUUUCCAGCUAAAGCCAAGGCCAAAGCAGAAGAUGAUGACUUGAGAGAACUUGAAGCUUGGGCUUCUUAGAUCAUUUGUUGGAAGAGUGACAUCCUCACGAGAACUUUAAUAUGUGUAGUAACAAAAUUAACUAACUUAAAGCAAAUCAAGCAAGUGAUAGCCUGCGAGAAAUUUGUCAUUUAGGAACUCAAAGAUUGUUAUUUUUUAAGUAGACUAGCAAACUCACUACUUACAGACUGUACUAGCAACCUUCACUGUAGUUAUUGAGCAAGAUGUACAGUGUUUUUUCAACUUUAAUGCUAAGGACUGUUUUGAUGGAAUAAAUCUGUAACAAAAAAAUGGCCAGUUCAUAGCUUGAAGUUGACCUCAUUAAUACAUGUGCCUAUUUAGUUAUGCUUGAGUGUGAACAGAUAAAAUAAAAUGGCUGUUUAGGCAGCUUGAGCAGCCCGGGGUGGAGCCAUGUUUGUGUUUAUGAUUAUUAUAAUUUUGUGGUUGGCUAUUUCAAGGACUCUCUCUCUCUCUCUUGCCAAUAGGUUUACAUUUUAUAGCCAUCACUGGUUAGACAAGAAACAUAAUAUUAUAAAAGGAAUUAUUUGUUCAUUAUGUUGUGACCAACCUGGCACAUGGAAGUUAGGGAAUCAUAAUAAACUAGAAACGUAGUUAGUAUGGUUUAGUUGCAAGACUGAAUUUCUCUUACAGGGCCGAAAUGUUAGAGAAAAUUAUUGAUGUAAACUUUACAAAUUAACUCACUAAGCCCCUUAUAUGCUAUCCAUUGAAUGAGAGGGUUCUGUUACUGGAGACUAUAGAGAAAUAAUUCACUGGCACUCUGUUUUAAAUCAUUUCAUUCUUCAAAUAUAUAAUCUUUAGAAUUUUUUUUUGUUUUGGCCAAGAAAAUAAACUUUCAGUACACCUAUCCAUUGUCCUUUUCUUUUGGGAAUGGCAGUGUAUGAUGAUGAGUUUAAAGCAAAUAAAAUGCAAGUUAACCAGGGAUAAAAUUGAAUUGAACCUCUGUUGAUUUGAUUUUAAAGACCUGUCUAUUAUUUUUAUUUGCGUCACUGUUCAAAUGUUGUGAUAGGAUCUUGUAAUCCAUUGAUGUUAUUGAAGUAUAAACAGGUGACAUCUGUAUUCUAAUAAAAUAAUAUGAUUUAC